AUGGAGAAGGCCAGACAUGACUCAGUCUGUCAGCGGCCCGCAGACGACACCGCGGACUACCUGUAUGACAUCCUACUGUCCUACUGUGACAGGAACCGUCCCUGGGUGCUCUACACCCUCGCCUCGGAGCUGGAACGGGACAACAACCUCGUGCUAUGUCUCCGGGACAGAGACUACGAAUCCGCCAAGCCCAGGCUGCAGAACUUCGUGGAUUCCGCUAGGAUCAGCGCCCGGAUUGUGGUGGUGUUGUCGGCGGCGUAUUUGGCGGACGGACCGUGUCAGAAAGAGCUGGACCACGCUAUCGCGUCGGGGAGGACCAUGGUGGCCGUGCGGUUCGAUGGUUGUGAGAUCCCGGCUCAGUUCAGGAAAGGAGCCGGUGGUGUGGUGCUGGACCGUAGCGACGUGGACUUCUGGGACAAGUUACACAGGUUUCUACACAGGGAACAGUUAAACUUCUCAACUUCACAUUCAGGUGCCUGCUGUGAAAAGAAAGGGAGAAACACCAGCUUUCCCGUCAUGCCUGGCGUUGUGGUGGAGCGUCCCCAUGACGUAGACGCCGUAGUGGUGCUGGUACAGAUCACCAUGGAAACGCUGAAGGAGCGGACCAAUGGGAGACGAGAGGGUCACGUGGUCGGGGUUGUGGGAGAACCCGGUGCAGGAAAGACUGUGCUGGCUCAACACGUGUCACGGAAACUCAUGGAACUCAACAAAAAGGUUUUCUGGAUGACUCUAGGUGUGCGCCCGGACGUUCUACAGCACCUCACACGUCUGACAACCUCCAUGACAGGCCGGCAACUUUUCUUCCCUGAACUCUCCGACGUAGUCAACUUUCUCACGAGCUUCACGGCAGACAAGGACUACGUCGUCGUUUUGGACGACGUCCAGGACGUGGCAGACGUUACCGACGUCGUCUGUUGUCUGGCGGGAGAAUGCGUGACGUUGGUAACGUGUAGAAACCAGGAGGUGUUAGCGAGGCUCCACGUGCCGCCGGCAAACGUGCACGUACUGGGCGGCUUACCCGGGCCCGCGGCCGAACUCCUGCUCCUACGGAGUGCGGGUCUUCACGGAGAGCUAAAACAGGGCGACCCGAGAGCCGAGGCGGUGGCAGCGAUAGUACAGGAGUGUAACUACCUACCCGCGGCGACUGCUCUGGUCGGGUCGAGCGUUUGGAACCCGAAAGACCCCGAGUGGUGGAAGGGAACUGCCAGAGAUCUUAAAGAAACUGAGAAUGAUCCCUACACUAGUAAGACAUUAGGGAAAGCGCUCAAUGUUAGUUAUGACUCCCUCAGAGGUGAGACUGUGCGGCAUUGUCUCAUUGAUUGUUGUGUAUUCAUACCGGAAAGAGACAUCCCUCUCACUACGCUGGUAGUGUUUUGGAAGUACCGGAGGAACGUAUCAGAAAGUAGCGCUCGGGGUGCCCUGUAUCAGCUGCAUAGCCGAUCUUUCGUUCAAAGGGGAGGUAAACAUUUCAGUUACCGCUUCAACGCUUCUGUACUCAGUUAUGUGAAGGCGAAGUUGAAAGAACCGGAAUCUCAGCUGCACAGAGAUCUUCUGGAGUCUUGCCGUGAGGUGGGAGGGGGGACAUGGGCGGAGUGUCUACAGGACGGGUACUACUUUCAAAACGCCGCGCAUCACUUCGUCAGGGCGGGUUGGACCAGCACACUUGUCAAUAUUCUGACGUCGUAUCGGUGGCUGAAAGCCAGGCUGGAACACACUGACGUAACGUCGUUAUUGUCUGAUUUUAAGGAUCUGAAAGCGUUGACGCCCUUUGCCUCUCCUAUACAAGAGGUGCUGGAUACAAUCCGUCUUUCGGGCCGAGUUCUUGCCAAAGACAAGUCUCAGUUUGAAGGACAGUUCCUGGGUAGACUGUCUGAAUCGUCUCAUCCUCGUAUACAGAAGCUGGUCUAUGAGAUGCGGGAGGAACCGAGGAGUGAUGCCGCCUUGUAUCCAUCGUCAGCUUGCCUGCGUCGCCCGGGAGGGUGUUUAGUUCGGUCCUACUGCGGGCACAGGGACAAAGUGCUGUGUGUUGCAGUGACGAAUUUUCCCGACAGGCGGCGCGUCUUCACGGGCUGCAGAGACUUCACGGUGCGGGCAUGGGAGCUUGGCUCAGGGAGGGACCUCGGCGUUCUACGCGGUCACCGCGGCCAGGUGUGCGCCCUGCACCUGAGAAAGGACGACAGGCUGCUCGCCUCGGCGUCGUGUGACUGCACCAUCAAACUGUGGGACACGAACAGGCUCGAACUCUCCGCCACUCUGACCGGCCACCAGGCAGGGGUAACUGGAGUAGCGUUCACUCUAGACGGGAGGGGACUAGUCUCGUGUUCACACGACGGAGUACUGAAGGUUUGGGAGGACACCGUUCAGAUACCGUCCGUUUCGAAGCUAUCGGUACACAAAACUCCAACAAGAACGCGUUCUCUUUCCUCUUACGGUAGUUCAUGGAACGUUCGGAAAGACAUCGCCGCGCACAGCAGUCAGGUCACUGGCCUCUGUUUCUUUCACUGUAGCAACAGGGUGGCGACUUGUGCUGCAGAUUCGUUGAUCAAGAUUUGGGACCUGCAGGAGAAAGACCCCACAAAACGUGUCGGGACGCUCAGAGGCCACCGGGACGUCGUCCGCUGUGUCACCGUGACAAAAAACGACGCGUAUCUCAUCUCAUGUGCAGACGACAACAUCAUAGCUCUUUGGAACACCGAAAGAUCCCUUCUCGUCAGAACGCUGGUCAACCCAGGCGGGCCCGUGGCCGCCAUAUCCCUGGCGCCUGACGAUACCACGCUUCUGUCGCUAGGCGGCGCUGCUGAUCGAUCGUUAAACGUCCUGUACGCUUGGACGCUGGGAGGCGACGGAACGGUCAACAAAGUUGCCGGCCCGAGGGUAGACACGCCACCGAGUCCCGUGUUGGUUCUGCCCGAUCAGUGUAAGGUCGUCAGUGGAGACCCUGACAGUUCGGAUUACGUUGUAGUCGACGAAGUCGGUCAGGAGUGUCGAUAUUACAGUGGGCAUGUCGCUCGUGUUAGCGCUUUGGCUGUGACGCAGGACGGCAGGUUUCUCAUAGCGGGUUCUGUAGCCGGUACCCUCACCGUGUGUGAUCUGUCCGGUCAGGUGGAGCCGCAGUACUGCAUCAGUCCGCACGAUGUCUCUUCAGAUCCAGGACUUGGUGUGGAAAUAAGUGCUAUCAUUGCGACAAACCAGAUGAUGUUUCUGACCGGGGACGUGGACGGAGCGGUAAAGCUGUGGGAGCCUGGCGGCGCCGGGGCGGCCCGAAACCCGGGCGACCGUUUCCAGUUGCUCGGUGCCCAGCAUGACGGGAUUAGCUGCUUCUGUCGCCCCGCGGACUCGAUGGUUGUAUCGGGCUGCAGAGGAGGGACCGUGGCGGUGUGGGACCUGAGGGAGCGGCACAGGGUCACGUGUUGGGAGGGGCACCACGAAGCCGUGACGUCAAUCGACUACACCACCAAAUCUGAUGACGACAUCACGGUUAUCACUGCGUCACUGGACGGUACCAUUAAAUCGUGGGGGUUCACAGAUCACGAGACCCCCUCCCCUCUCCGCGUAUGGACUCUACCGCCCACCGUGCCAGCACCACGCUAUCUAGCUGCCUUCACUUCGGGUGCUUACUUUGUUAGCGGGUCUGACGACGGAAAACUGCGCGUUUACACCAUGAAAGACGACGAAAAUUCUACCCGAGAGAUUGCCACUGACCAAGGCAGCUUGAACGGUCUAGGCGUGACGUCAGACGGUCUAACGGUUAUGUGUAGUCACGUGGGAGGAGCCUACACCUGUUGGAAGCUCCCCACUGGGCGCAUGUGCGUACUGCAACAAGACGGGUCAGGUCUCUGUUUUCUGGAGUUAAGAAAACCCCAAGACUGA